AUGUAUUUGAUGAAUAAAGAAUUAGUUAAAUUAAUAAUUAAUGGAAAAUUAAUAGAAAAAAAAAAUAUAAAUAAAAAUAUUGUUAAAAAUAUUUUAGAAAAUAUCAUAUUUAACUUUGAUUCUUACAAAAAAUUAAAAAAUGAAAUCGAAUUAUUAAAAAAUAUUUCUCUUUAUACAAAAAUUAUAAAUGUUAACAAUUUUUAUUUGCAACAUUUAUAUGAAAAUGUAAUAAAUCCAUUAUUAAAAGAAAACUUAAAUAUAUCCAUAUUACCAAAUAUUAUACACACAUAUAAAAAAAAUGAAAAUUUUUAUUAUAUACUAAAAGAAAUAAAUGAUUAUAUUAUUAAAAGUAUACAAGAGAAUAAGUUAAUUAUAGACGAUAUAAAUAAGUGGGUUCAUAUUUUGCAAGUAUUUUCUAAGUAUAAAAGUAUAAAUUUUAUUCCAUUUCUACAGUAUCUUUUGACAGUUAAAAAUGUAGAAAAAAAUACAAAAGUUAAUAAUGAUGAUAACAAUAGAAUAGAAAAGAAAGAAUAUAAUAUUAUUCAAGUUAAUCAAUGUUAUGAAUAUAAUAAAUAUAAAAGUUCUAUUUUAUUAAAUAAUGUGGAUUACAAAGCAUUAGAAUCAUUAUCUCCUAGAUCAUUAAGUAUAUUAGUUAAUAUAUUAUCAAGAAUAAAAAUAAAGAAUAUAAAUAAUUUAAAUUUUUUUCUUUAUGAAAAAAUAAACAAAAGCUUACAUGAAUUUAAUAAUAUCGAUUUAUGUUUAAUUGUUAAUUCCUUUCAUAAUCUAAAAUAUACACAUGAAAAUUCUUAUAAGAAUAUAGAAGCAGAAAUUUUUAAAAGAAUUGAAUUAUUUGAUUUUUUCCAAUUAUCAUUUAUUUUUCAUAGUUUAUCAAAAUACUGGAAUGAUAAUAAAAAAGAACAUUUUUCUAUAUUAUUUAUGAAGAAAGUAAAAAAAUAUUUAAAUUUAUAUCUAAUACAUAACGAUGAGAAAUAUAUUUUACAAACUAAAAAUAAAAAUUCAUUAAUUGAAGCAAUGCCCAUGUUCUUUUUAGCAUAUGUUAAAACGAGCAAUUCUAUAUUCCCAUACUAUUUUAGCUAUAGUAAGUUGCUUAUGUGUCAAUUUAUGUUUUUAAAUAAAUAUUUGCUUGUUUUAAAAAAAAACUGUUUUUUCAAAAAAUACUUUAAUAAUUACAAUUUAAUGAAUUUAAAUAAUAUUAAUCAAACUAUAUGUAAUUUAUUUUAUGCAUUUACUGGAUAUCUUUACAACAUUUUGACUUCAAGUUAUUUUAAGGAAAGAUUAUUUAUUAAUCAUUUUUUUUUAACUUUAAAUAAUUUUUAUCAACUACUUUAUUUUUUUAUAUUAUUUUAUCAAAACAAAGAACUAUUAACAAAAAAUAAAUUCUUUAUAUUUCCUUUACACAAAUCACAACUUUUAAUUUUUUUAUAUACAUAUUGGUAUUUUAUUUUAGAUAUAUAUUUUAGCUUGAAUAUUUAUAAUUAUAGAGUACAUUAUGGAUCAACUGUUAAUAAAAAUGCUUCAAAAAAACGAAAAAGUAAAUUUGAUUAUUUUUAUUUCAUUAAAUUAAUAUAUAUUAGAAAAAUAAAUAUUCUUCUUAAAAUUUUGGAUGAAGUUAAUUUAAAUACUUUAAUGAAGGAAUCAUUGUAUGCAAGCAAUAAAUAUGUAAGUUCAAUAUAUUUAAAUAUACUUCACAUACUUAACAAUUCUAAGAAUUUUUCAGAUAACAUUUCAUUCUCUUUUAAUAGAAAAAUAAUAGAGCCAUUUACAAUUUCUUUAUUAUGCAUAUCGAAGUCAUAA